CUCCUCUUGAGGAUUCAUCCGCUCAGGAGGAGUUUAGGGCCUGAUUAAAAAAUAAAUAAAUAAAUAAAAAAUACAGACGCUGUGUGGAAAUCUGCACCACAGGAAGAACGCACUGUAAAUAACAAUAAUGAUAAUAAUAUUAAUAACUGGGUGCUGUUAUGAUUGAAGCACCCCCCCCCCCCCCUCCUCCUCCUCUUCCACUUCCUCCCGGUGUGAUGUCAACACCAACCCGGGCACCGACUUCCGGCCCCGCUCUGCUUUCCUUCCCCCGGCUCCCUCUGCAUCAGCCGGCGGAGCAGCUGAUGUGUCAGGAGAGGGGCUCGGCUUUCACACGCAGUGGGGGAAAAAAAAAAGAAGAUUUAAAUAAAAUAAUAAUAAUUCAAACAACAAUCACACGCGUCACCCCCCGGAGGGCGGAUAAACGAGGAUCCCGGGAGACGGAGGAGGAAGAAGAAGAAGCCGCGGACGUUUUUACUUGAUGCGACGGGAUUUGCUAGUUUCGUGUGAAGAGGCGGACCCAGGAGGCUCGGUCACUCCACUAUGCUGAGGCUGUCCCCGGUGUUUGUGUACUGUACGUGGAAGUACAAGGACUCUUCGCCUCCGACCCACGGGCCCACGUUACGGAUUUAACCCAUCAACAUCUGGGUCCCCCCCCCUCCUCCUCCUCCUCCUCCGCUGCUUGUUCUUCACCGAUUCUCCUUCAGUUCCGCGUCUGUUUGUUUUGGACCGGGGAGGGGGGAGGGGGGGGUUCCUCCAGACGAGCAGGGCUGCAUGUGCGUCGCUCUCUCGCCGCCUUCACAGUCGUGUUCCCCCCCGCUCUCUUCUUCUUCUUCUUUUUUUUUUUAAAAAAAGAGACGGGGUUAUUUUCUUUUUUCUCUAAAGUAAGAGUCCUCACUCGUUCAUGGAGCUCUCACCAUGAUUUAUUCCUUCUUCCACGCUCCCGUCAGGUUCCGUGUCCGCGCCGGCUGCCCGGGGUUCAGCCGCUAGCCGGUGCGUCUGCAGGGGGUGGUGGGGGGACUUGUGGUGCAUUUACCCGGUGUCUCUCUUUUUGCUUGUGACACCACUUAAAACUGACUCAUCUUUUUUUUUUUUUAAAUUCACUAUUCAGCCUUUUUAAAAAAAAAUUUUUUGGAACCUCCACACUCCCACGGAUACAGGACACCGCUCCAGACCUGUCACCAUGAGUUGCAUCCUCUCGGCGCUGCUGGAUGUGUUGCUACGUGGACUCGUCAUCUAUGCGGUACUCGGCUGCACUUCCUCCAGCGAUCUGCCCGAUGCUGCAGCCGUAGCAGAUCCCUGUCUUAUUGUAAUGCCGCCAUGCAUGGGCGAGGCCGACCGCUUCAGUCUGGAGGCGCUGCGGCACAUCCACAAACAGCUGGACGACGACAACGACGGGGGAAUAGAGGUCAACGAGAGUGUGGAGUUUAUAAUAGAAGACAUGAAGCAGCAGCAAACCAACAAGCACAGCAACCUGCACCAUGAAGACCAGCACAUCACAGUGGAGGAGCUGUGGAAGGGCUGGAAGACGUCUGAAGUCCACAACUGGACGAUGGAGGACACGGUGCAGUGGCUGAAGGAGUCGGUGGAGCUGCCGCAGUAUGAGAAGAACUUCCGGGACUUCCGGGUCUCGGGGAACACCUUACCUCGAAUAGCAGCAAAUGAACCGUCGUUUAUGUCGAUGCAGCUGAAGAUAUUAGACCAGCGGCAUAAACAAAAACUAAACCUGAAGGCACUGGACGCAGUGCUGUUUGGUCCUCCGCUCCGUCCACAACACAACUGGAUGAAAGACUUCAUCCUGAUGGUUUCCAUAGUGAUCGGUGUUGGGGGCUGCUGGUUUGCCUACGUGCAAAACAAGUCCAGCAAAGUGCACAUCUCUCAGAUGAUGAAGGAUCUGGACAGCCUGCAGCACGCUGAGCAAAGCCUCUUAGACCUGCAGAGCCGACUGGAAAAAGCUCAGGAAGAGAACCGCACGGUGGCGGUGGAGAAGCAGAACCUCGAGCAGAAAAUGAGGGAUGAGAUUAACGGGGCCAAAAAGGAGGCUCACAGGCUCCGAGAGCUGCGAGAGGGAGCCGAGUGUGAGCUGAGCCGCCUCAAAUACGCUGAGGAGGAGCUCGUACAGGUGCGGAAGGCCCUGAAGAGAGCGGAGAAGGAGAUGCAGUCUGAACGCUCGGUGCCAGAAGCUCUUCAGAAGUGGCUGCAGCUCACGCACGAGGUGGAGGUUCAAUACUACAACAUCAAGAAACAGAACGCAGAGUUCCAGCUGUGCGUCGCCAAAGACGAGGCAGAGAAAAUCAAAAAGAAGAGAAGUUCUGUGUUUGGAACUCUUCACGUAGCCCACAGUUCAUCACUGGAUGAGGUGGACCACAAGAUACUAGAGGCAAAGAAAGCCCUGUCGGAGGUGACGGCGUGCCUGAGGGAGCGGCUGCACCGCUGGCAGCAGAUCGAGAAGCUCUGCGGCUUCCCUGUCGUCAGUAACUCGGGGCUGCCGAACCUGACGGCCAGCCUCUACUCAGACCACAGCUGGGUGGUCAUGCCGCGAGUUUCGGUGCCUCCCUACCCCAUCGCGGGAGGAGUGGAUGACCUGGACGAGGAUACGCCCCCCAUCCUUCCGCAGUUUACGACAACUACGUUGAUCCGGCCUUCACUGACACGCAACAGCAGCCUGUGUCGCUCCCGCCGUAGCCUGAUGAGCUCCCCCCAGUCCUCGCUGAUGUCGCCGGACCCUGACCUGCUGUCCAUGGCCAGCUCGUCCCUCUCCUAUCACCCCGAGGCCGACGACGAACAUAUCAUGUUCAGCUCGGAUAGGAGGGGGGAACAGGCUCAGGAGGGCAGCUCCGACACAGACUCCCUCAACUCGUCCAUGGGCCGGAAGCAGCCGCACAACCCCUGCACGUCCGGAUCGGAGACCCCAUACCGCAAGAUCUCCCGCGAGGAGCUGCUGCUGUACAGCCAAAGUCCAGAGCUCCCAGCAUGCACCACCCACACCAGCAGCAGCAGCAGCAGCAGCAGUCUCAGGGACUCCACGCCACCCCCUCUUCCCCAGACCUCGGCCACCACCCCCUCAGGGCCGCCGUCCACCUCACCCUCCCCGGCCUUGGAGCACCACCCGUUUGCACACAGAGGCUCGCCCGACCUCACCCACAUCCUGCCCGAGUCUCAGAGCGUAACCUUCACGCAGGGGAGCAUCACCUCGCCCACGGGAAAGGGCGUGUACAACGGCAUCCUGGAGAAGUCCUACAGCUACGGGCAGCUGCCUGCGAGCAUGCUGCCCAACGUGGGGCGCUACCCAUCUCUGACCUCCCUGGACUCGGAGGGCCGGAGCAUGGGGAGGGAGCACAAGCUCCAGAGCACCUCCUCCCAGGACUCCAGCGACAAUGGAGAGAGAAUCAAGCGCUCCUCAUCUAAAAUCAAAAGCCUAUUUAAGAAGAAAAAAUAAAACUGAAUGAGUGAAAGAGAGAAAUAAGAUAAGUUGUUUUAGCCUGAAUACUAAUAAAAAGGACAUCACUAUAAGCUAAAACAUUUAAUUUUCUCUCCUAAGUUAUUUUGUUAUCAAAGAUGGAAUGUAGCUCAGGCUGGACGCCUUCAAACACUCCAGACUGGUCGCCUUAUUUUUCAAUAACGCCUUUUUAUUUAGUUCACUCAGCCUCACAGGGAAACCUGCUAAGGUCACGGAAAGGUCAAUCAGACGACGCGCACGACCUGUUCGCUGUCUUCUCUUAAUGUUACUUUGCUUUUGAACCAAAAAAGCCACUCUGAGUAACGGUAUCGUAUAAAACGUAGUUUCACUGUUGAUGUCUUGUAGAGAAACAUAUCUGCUGUUUAAAUCUCACUUUGAAUAGCGACAGCAACACGUGAAUAACACCCAGAAAAAAGGUCAGAUCGUAAAAUCUGGAAUAAUGUUUAGUCCUUUCUCCAAUGUCCUAAUUUAACGAUGGAGUAUUACGGCCACUUAAAGGGGAUAACGAGAAAAAAGUCAAUUUUAGACUGUGUUUUUUUAAACAUGGUCCUCAGAGGACCAGUCUGUCACCUGCGUUAAAAUGAGGAACAUCUUGUUAAAUUAAACUUUGCCGUACGUUUCAUAAAUAACAAAAGAAUUCAUCUCAACUUACCAGGAAAACUUGGUCGAACAAAGUUCUCGGUUAAUACUUUGAUCUAUUCAAAGGGAAAUUGUAGUUUCCCGAGAAACAGAAAUUAUAACAUUUUAUAUAUUGCUUUUAUCUCUAAUGCUUAUUUUCUUUAACAUGGCCCUAAUACUCAGUCGUACUAACCCACCCCCCUGUUCAAAUUAUGAAUUGCAUCUUAAAAAGUGUUCAAGUGCUAAACUCCGUACUUGAUGAAUUUUCCUUUUAAAAAGAAAAUCCUGCUAAAAAGUUUAUUGCACUACAGCUUUCCUGGUAUUUUGGGAAAGAGCCACUGCUGGCGGAGUACAUAUUGAAUAAAGUUACAGAGAUGAGAGGAACACAUGGGCGGCGGCAGUGAAAAUGCAGCUUGUAAUGCCAGAGCCACAAUUAUCUGAUGCAACUUCAAUGUCACCGUCCAUUAUCCUCUUAAAUAUAUUAAAAAAUCUCUCUCUCUCUCUAUAUAUACGUAUACUUUGUUUUCGCAUUACUAGGUUUAGAUUGGUGGGGGUCCCUAUGAACUGAAGAAGGUUGAACGAAUAUGCAGAUUUAACUCGCACCAGUCCUGUUCCCUGUAAUCUAGCUCUCCCUCAUUACUUGACAAACUGCAUUCUGUAGCCAAACAACAGACCAUUUCCAUGUUUUGUCUUUAAUCUCUUCAAAUCUAAACGCUUGAUGUCGCGACCAGAUGUUUGUGUGCGAUUCAUUCUGUUCGAGUGCCAUAGUCGUGUCGUGUUUGAGGGAGGGAGGUGAGACGAUGUAAUAUUUAAAAAAUAGUUUGUGUAAUUGACACUGUCUCGACUGUGAUGAUGUGGCCUCUGCCAUGUGUUUGCAGGCUUUUUAAGGACAAACACUAAAGGAUUAUCUGUUCAAGCAAAAGGACGUUUUUUUUCAUCCACAUCUGAUCGAAACAUCGAGGCUUGCCCCUAAACCCCGCCCCCCUCCCACUAAGCUCGAAGCCGACCCACGCAAUAUGGCCCCGCUCCUCACCU